AUGUCAAUAAUAAUUGCUCAAACUCCUAUAACUUAUUUCGGUUCCGACAUUCAAAAAUCAUUAGGUUCUCUUCACGGAUUUCGAUGGGCAAAAUAUCCUGGAGAAAAACCUCUUCCAGGUCAUAAUUACACUGGUCCAGGUAUAAGUGAAGACAAAUUAACUGCAUUAGAAAGUAAACUUAGUGAUGAUAGUGAAAUACAAAAACAAAUAGUCGCUAUUCAACAACAAUUAAUCAAUGUAGUAGAUAAAACUCAGUUACAAAAUUUAAGUUCAUUAAUAUCUAAUUUAGAUGAUAAGAUUACAAAGCAAAAAAAAGAUCUUAAACAACUAAUAGAUAAUAUUAAUCCAGGUAUAAGUGAAGACAAAUUGCAACGGGAAUUAACUAAAUUUACAACUGAAUUACAAAAAGAAAUAAAAAAUAUUGAUGAUAGUGUUAUUCAACAACAGAUAACCACUAUUAAUAAUGAAGUUUUAAAACAGGAAAAAAAUAUAGCCGCAUUAGAAAAGAAUCUCAAGGAAGAAAAUAAAUCAUAUUUCAAUCUUCCAUUUAGAAAUUUGAGAGAUGAGAAUGCUUCUAUUAGUUAUAAUAUUGAUAAAUCAAGAGAGUCUGAAUAUGAAAAAUAUGGAAUUACAGCAAAUAUAAUAGAGUUUUUUAGGAUACAAAUUUCCAUAUCGAAACCCAAAGCUUAUUUGAUGGUGAUCGUCUAUCAUAUUUAUAUUUCCUAUACAGGAAAAAUAAUUUUACAUAAAGACAAUAUUAAAGAAAUUAAAAGAUCAAAAGUUGGUAAAGGAACUGAACUACUUAAAAAGAUAAAUAUAUAUACAGGUAGAAAUUGUUAUAUACCAACAGAUGGUAACUGUUUUAUCAAAUGUGUCAAUCAUGUUUUGAACAAAGAUUUAACAAAUGAAUUUAAAAACUUCAUUAUUAAUUUUCCAAAAGUGAACAGAAAAAGAGUAAUGACAACUGCUAGAAUUAAUGAAUUCAAUAAGAAAUGUGAAACUUCAUUUCAAAUUCAUACCCUCAAAAAUAGAAAUUUACGCCCUAGAGAUGUAAAGAGAGAAUUAGAUUGGGUUUUAUAUUUACAUAACUCACAUUUCUGUCUCAUAAGAAGAAAUGAAAAAAAUUUAGGUAUUAAAGAAAUAGAAGAUAAUUAUGAACAGGUAUGGAAAACAUGUAGAGAUGAUAAUGUCGUAACACAAGUAUCACCUUUGAAACUAAACGUAUUUUCAAAUAUGAGUGAUGAUACUUAA